GCGCCUCCAGUUGGAAACGGGAGCACGCCACGUGAAAGUAGGAAGGGGAGGCUAUAGCCGGACCGACGUCGCUUCGUGCGCUUCAGUCGUUCGUGGACCUCGAAGGACGAUAGAGGUCGAAGAGGACAUUUCCUCCUUUUCCUUCCUGACUGGAUUCGUCGUUCUUCGUGUUGAAGACGAGGAAGAAAAGGAAGAAGAAGAAGAAGAAGGAUCCUUUUCUCUUCUCAUCCUCUUAUUCAAGUUGCAAUUCUCUUAGGACGGCUCUUCCAGUUCUAUCGACUUCCUCGGUCAUCAAUUUUUUUCUUUUCCUUAAGACGUCAGAGAGACUAAAGGGAAGGAUGCAUCGACAGGUAUACCUCGUCGUUGGAGUCAUCUUCCUGGGCUAUCUUCAAGAUUAUGUGUCCGGCGCGUGUCCUCGGAUAUGUCCACCAAGCGGAGAGCCGGUAUGCGGCAGCGACGGUAUCAUAUAUGCUUCUCAGUGUGAAAUGCGGAAGAAAAUGUGUGGAAAGGGCGUGACUGUGGCGACAGAGAAAACAGCUUGCCUGAGGUCAUCGGGCAGCAAGUGCGAGCAUCGUUGUUCCGGCGAUCAAGAUCCGGUAUGCGGUACCGACGGUCGAACUUAUCUCAACAAGUGCAUGAUCAGAGUUGAAAUCUGUAGGGUGGGAAUCGAGCUCUCGCACCUUGGACCAUGCAACAAUAUUUCUGCUCACAGAGAAAACUGUCCGGUUUCGUGUGAUUUUGCACCACUCGAUGGUCCAGUAUGCGGUAGCGACGGCAACGUUUACAAGUCGACUUGUCAAAUGAAGUUACUAACUUGCGGACAAGGAGUUGUGCGUACGAACAAGAAACACUGCCAGACCACAAGACAUUGUCGUGAAUCGUGUUGGCGUGGUGCUAAGCCAGCUUGUGGUAGCGAUGGUAUCCUCUAUGCGAACACCUGCAAAAUGCGAGCUAAGAAUUGUGGAAAGCACGUGUUCGAGGUGCCAAUGUCAUUCUGUGUUUCGCGAGAACGGACAUCCGGAAGUCAGUCGAACGCGUGUCCGCUCGACUGUAGGCACGAGCCGGAAGUACCGAUCUGUGGAUCGGAUGGAAAUAUCUAUAGGAACGAAUGUGAAAUGCAGAUGCUCAAUUGCGGGCAAGCUAGAAGAAAGGUGACCAUAGUGGACUUCGAGAAGUGUCGGUCACGUUUAACGAAGUGCAUGAAGCAACAGCAACGUUGUGGAAACGAAGUAGAUCCGGUCUGUGGAAGCGAUGCUAAUACAUAUCCAAAUCAAUGUCACCUGAACGUAGCGAUCUGUUUAAAGGGUAUCCAAUUGGCUCACGUUGGCGAAUGUACGACCUUGAAGGAAAUCGAAGAGUGUCCUGAAGAUUGCAACGAAGUGCCAGAGGAACCAGUUUGUGGAAGCGACGGGAACGUUUAUCGCUCGCUUUGCCACCUACGCCACGAGACAUGCGGUCAGAGGGUAGUACAAGUUCCCGCUCAGCAUUGUCGUACUACAGCGCUUUGUAAUCAAAUCUGUAGUGGAGAACGUCAAUUCGUUUGCGGUUCCGACAACAAGCUUUAUCGUAACGAGUGUGAAAUGAAGAGAGACAAUUGCGGGAAACACGUGUACGUGGUACCAAUGAAAAGGUGCGUUCAAGGUUUCUUGUUCCGUGGCUGUCAAAAAAUUUGUCCACCAUAUUAUGAUCCAGUUUGUGGCACCGACGGAAUGACCUAUAGCAACGAAUGUUUCUUGGAAAUAGAAAAUUGUCGUAGUAGAAGUCUCGUCUCUAAAAAAUAUCACGGUGUGUGUGGUCAACCAACGGAAGAACCGAAAAAUUAUUUGUAUUAAUUCGACGUUCGAUCGAUGUUAGAUCAAUCGAUAGGUUGAUUGAGGAAAUCGAUUUGAAAAAAAAAUAAUAAUAAAAAAAAUUAUAAUAAUAAUAAUAAUAAUAAUAAUAAUAAAAAUACGUACCGGGCUACAUCGAAGAGCGAUCGAUCGGCGAUAUGAUACUAAAAGAAAAUCGUCCUUGAAAACUUUACGAAACGAUUUGUUUCGUCGAUCGAUCUUAGAUACAUGCAAAUGAUCGCGCCUCGUUUUUCGAGAAAUAUGACUUUAAGUGAUUCGACGAUAUGUACAACGCGUACAUUAAUCUGUAAAAAAAUUUUAAGGCGCACAGUGUCGUAUUUAUAAUGGAAAUCUAAAGAAAAAAAAAAUCUUAUGAGCGACAAAAUCAAUCGAUUAAUUAUUAUUCCAUGUCGUUUGAUCAAUUUCAAAGAGAAAAUCUUCAUUGAUUAAUACUUUAAGCGAGCUUGCCAAGAAAAAAUGUUAAAUUUCAUAAUAUUGAAAAUCUUGCCAAAUUAAUAGAGAUACAUAUUAUCGUUGAAAGCCAUUAGAAAAUCGACUUUUAAUAGGAUCACUAUACUAUACUUGAUCGCUUUGUCGAUCUUUUGCGAAUAUUCACAUUCGUGAAUCAUCGUAUGAUGUUGUACUUUCAAUGUAAAAUAUUUUUUAAAAUUAACCCUCAAAUGCAUAUAUAUGUAUGUAUGUAUACGUGACAAUACGUACGUUUCAACAUAUUAUUAUCUA